UCAUUCUCCGAUCAGCAAUCCAUGAGGUAUCUAGUACCCAACAUCUGAGAAAAGAGUCAUAGUAACGAGUAAAGAGUAUUUCUAACACAAGCAAUGGACCGUUACCCCCACCGACCUAUAUUCAUUUCUCGUAUAUAUGCUCAGAACAUCUUCUAUUCGCAACUAGUAACUACAGGCUCUUGCACUCUUGAUAAUCUUGCUUCGAACUUUUUAAUAAAUAAAAAAAAAAAAAAAAAAAAAAUCUUAAGAUUUCAAUCAAAAAACUUUUAAUUAAAUUCAGUGUCAUGAAUUAUUACUACCCAAAAUUAUCAUAAUGGCUUCCUAACUAAAGUGCGAUGAUACUAAGCUGAAAAAAAUUGUCAAUUAAAGUCAUCAGAUUAUCACAUGGAUGACAUAAAAAACGAUCAAGUGCUAAAUAAUGAAAACUGACGGUGCAAAAAAAUAUUUUCCUCGCCCGAAAUUACCCAAAUUAUUAUUAACACCAUUAUUAGAAUUAAAAUUACCAAGGACGAUAAAGCGUGUGUCAUCAAUAAUAUUUACUUUAACAGUACUUGCAAGUACAGUUGCCGCAGAGUAUGUUAACGAAACGAUUUCCAGUGAUUUUGUAUCACGAUGUCGCAGAGAUUGUGUUAUCAAGAGGGACGUUGUGGUCUGUGGUAAAUAUCGUGUUGCUAGGUGGUUAAACGACGUGCGUGAGAAGGAUUUCAGCUACGGGCCGAUAAAAUUUAUAAGGAUACCUGCAGUAACAGAAGAGCCAAUUCUGCCAAAAGUUCCAGCAAAGAAGGCUUACAAAUUCGGUGUGACAGAAACGCUGAAUUUUUUGCGUGAUACCGCAGAGGAAAUUAUUAAAAGACGUGCUCUAGUUUAUACUUUCCAACCGGCUUUGAGUACCGGUAGAUCAUUUUCAAACGCACCGAUCGUAUUGGACGAAGAUGAGCUUUUGCAAAUGCAAAAAGGCGGGAAAGAUAACUCACGGCUUUUCCAUAAAAAAAAGAAAGCAAUUAUCCUGCCAGUUCUUAUUCUGCUGAAUUUACUGAAAAUAAAAUUAAUUUUGAUUCCCAUAUUUUUGGGCGUGCACUUAAUUAAGAAAUUAAUAAUUAUUGGCGGUUUAUUCGUACCUGGAUUUUUAUCCAAACUGAGAAUCUGCAAGGUUCCUCAUCAUGGAUUUACUUUUCCAUUCCAUUGGGGCACUGCUGCUGAAGCUCCAGUUGAUUAUCCUUCUGGAUACGGUAAUGAAGAUCCAGGCUGGUCACAUAGGAACGACAUUUAUCCAGGACUACCAGGAUAUCCAGCGCCUUACCAUUAUCCUCCUGCGUAUUAUAGACAGCGAAGACAAAUUUAGUUAUUAAAAUAUUAAUUAUUAAUUUACAAUGAAAA